AACGCAACAAUCACAUGGAAUGCACACUACGACCACCCAGAAAGGAAUUACAUUUCGCUCGGAAGAUACGACGCUCUCGUAUCAAAGGAAACCGUACUACUGCCAAUUGCCCAAAGCGCAUUCAUCGUCACCGAAAUGGAUCAAAAUGCUACAAAGGAAUUAGGAAAGAAAGUGUACCAGACAACAUCAGGUACCCUAUUACACUUCCUUGAGGAAAAACGAAUCAAAAGGAGCAUGGAAAUCAAGCAGGAAUACCCAAAAUGGUUUUUCAACAUCACCGAGUAUCCGUUCCUUAGACUAACAGCAAGCAGAGUAGGAACUAUUCGGAUUUACAGAAACUAUAUGGAAAGCAAGGAGGUCGAUCCCGAUUACACCCUGGCAAGCUGGACUAAGUACAACAACAGAGAUGCAGCCAUUAUGAAGUACCUAAACGUCAAUAACAAUAGUUUAAGAUACCGACUCACAUGGCAUAACUAUACCGAUGUGAACUUAGCUAUUCUUCAUACAAUGGCAGAAGCAGAAAUAACAAAAGCAACCGAACUGUGGACGAAUAGCCUGACACCAAGACAACUUUGUAAUCAACUAGCAAAAAGAAUCACAACCUCGGAAUUUCACAAAUUAGCCAAUAACCUUCAAGGGGACUACUUCAACAGAGGUAAACAGAUUGCUUUUAAACUAGCCCAGACUUCCGCCGUCAUGCCAUCUGGAGACAUCGUUCCUUCUAUGUCCGAGUUCGUAUUCCAACUCAUGCCACCAAAGAAGCCAACACUCCUGAAGCCGAUGAAUACCGAACAAUUAGAAAGCAGGAUGAAGGAAGCGAUGGAGAUAAUGGAAGCAAUGAAGAAUGUCAAAAUGGUCUUGGGACAACAAGCAGAAAGCCAAAGGAAGAAAGAUAACGAAGAAUGGAGAAGGAAAAUCAUAGCAGCCAAAACAAAACCAGUAAAUUUUCCCAAUUAUACUACUAUUUUCGAUGACCAGGAUGCCGCAUUUGGAUUCAGAAGAAAAACGGACACAUUAGAGCUACCAGGAGACAACGAAAACAGCUUUGAAAAUACGAUUUUAAGAUUAUUCCAAACCCCAGGAAUAAUGCCAU